AAACGGUUCAUACCCCAAAAGAUUUGAUUGACAGGCUCUCUGCGAGCCUCUAUAUAAGAGGAGGGAGGUGAGUGGCUCAGUCACUGUUGUGCCUCCAGUCCCUCAGUCUGUGGAUGUAGUCAACCAAAGUGGACUUUACGCUUUUACGCACGAGCUUACAGGAGAUACCACUAACCAUUCAUUUGACCAUCGGUCAAAUAAGUUGCAUUUUUUCGACUUUUCUUCAUUUCCUUGUUGCCGGAUAUCUGACUGCAUUAAAAACUAAAACUGCAUUGUCAGGAGAUAUGAUACUCAGGAGAAGUCUCUACUUGCUGCUCUUAUCAUUUCAUUUCCUCCACGCAGUACCUCAAGAUGGUGAGCAGGAGGAUGAGACAUCAUUUGACCUGUUUGAAAUCAGCCACAUCUCACGCAGGACUCUGGGAGCCAAACAGUUCAGGGGCCAAAACUCAGAUGCCCCUGCCUACCGUUUCAUCCGCUUCGACCACCUGCCCCCAGUGAGACCCCCUGUACUAAAACAAAUACUGCGACAGAUCCAAAACAAUGAGGGCUUUGUGUUUGUGGCCAGCAUACGCCAGGACCGUGCCUCACGGGGCACCCUGAUUGGUUUGGAGAGCUCUGAUGGCCGGCGGCAGUUCGAGAUUGUGUCCAACGGACGGGCCAACACUCUGGAUCUGGUGUACUGGGUGGACGGCUCACAGAACGUAGUUUCAUUCGAGGAUGUUGACUUGUCUGACUCACAGUGGAAGAAUAUCACUCUUCAUGUUCAUGGGGAAAAUGCAAAUCUGUAUGUGGGCUGCAGCCUGAUAGACAGCUUCAUCCUGGAUGAGCCUUUCUAUGAGCACCUGCAGGCUGAGGGAAGCCGCAUGUAUGUUGCAAAGGGAUCCAUCCGCGAGAACCACUUCAGGGGCCUUCUGCAGAAUGUGCGUUUCAUCUUUGACACCACAGUAGAAGAUGUCCUCCUGAGCAAAGACUGUGAGGUCACCAAGCAAGAUGAUGCCAAUAUUGUGAGCGAGAGCACAGAAAUUGUGGAUGUGAGUCCCUCCAUCACUACGAACAUCAUUGGUCAGAAGACAGAUGAAGCGGGCACAGAUAUGUGUGAACGCUCCUGCGAGGAGCUUAGCACCAUGUUACAGGAGCUCAACGGCCUCCGUGUAGUCGUCAGUAACCUUAUUGAAGGCUUGCAAAAAGUGACAGAGGAGAACACAGUCAUGAAGGAGGUCCUUGGGAGGAUGAAGAACUCAAAAGAGAAAAACAUGUGCUGGCAGGACGGCCGACUGUUUGACGAUAAGGAAGACUGGGUUGUGGACAGCUGCACCAAAUGUACCUGCCAGGAGUCCAAGAUAGUGUGUCACCAAAUUACCUGCCCUCCAGUGGCCUGUGCCAGCCCCUCAUUUGUGGACGGCGAGUGCUGCCCUGUGUGUAUAUCAUUAGACAGCGAAGAUGGCUGGUCCCCAUGGUCAGAGUGGACAGAGUGCACAGUCACCUGCGGGACAGGAACUCAACAAAGGGGCAGGUCAUGUGAUGCAACCAGUAACCCCUGCACCGGACCUUCAAUCCAGACCCGCAAGUGUAGCCUGGGCAAAUGUGACAGCCGUGUUCGCCAGGAUGGAGGGUGGAGCUUGUGGUCACCGUGGUCGUCUUGCUCGGUGACCUGUGGAGAGGGACAGAUUACCAGAAUACGACACUGCAACGCCCCCGUGCCGCAACUGGGGGGAAAAGACUGUGAGGGAAGUGGGAGAGAGACUCAGCGCUGCACUGCGAAUCCUUGUCCCAUUGAUGGGGGUUGGGGUCCUUGGUCUCCAUGGGCAACCUGUUCAGUGACAUGCGGAGGUGGAAGCAAAAGUCGGAUGCGUGAGUGCAACAGCCCGCAACCUCAGUAUGGCGGCAAGAAGUGUAUCGGGAAGGCCAACGACAAUGACAGCUGUAACAAAAAAGAAUGUCCUAUUGAUGGCUGUCUGUCUAACCCGUGCUUUGGGGGAGUGGAUUGCAACAGUUCUCCAGAUGGUUCCUGGGAGUGUGGCCCAUGCCCUGCUGGUUUCCGUGGAAAUGGUACCCACUGUGAGGACAUUAAUGAGUGUGACAUGGUGUCUGAUGUUUGCUACAAAGUGGGUGGAUCGCAGCGCUGCGUCAACACUGAUCCAGGCUUCCACUGCCUGCCCUGUCCAAAGCGCUACAAGGGCACCCAACCUUUUGGUAUGGGAGUGGAGGCUGCCAAGAAGAACAAACAGGUGUGCGAGCCAGAGAACCCAUGCAAGGACAAGACACACAACUGUCACAAAUUUGCCGAAUGCAUCUACAUCAGCCACUUCAGUGACCCAAUGUACAAGUGUGAGUGUAGGACUGGUUACGCUGGAGAUGGCUUCAUUUGUGGAGAAGACUCAGACUUGGACGGCUGGCCUAAUCAGAACCUUGUGUGUGGCGCCAACGCCACCUAUCACUGCAGGAAGGACAACUGCCCCAGUCUGCCCAACUCUGGACAAGAAGACUUUGACAAAGAUGGUCAAGGAGAUGCUUGUGACAAGGAUGACGACAAUGAUGGAAUUCUAGAUGAGAGGGACAACUGUCCCCUCCUUUACAAUCCUCGUCAGUUUGACUUUGACAAGGAUGAAGUUGGCGACCGCUGUGACAACUGUCCCUAUGAGCACAACCCUGCUCAAAUUGACACCGACAACAAUGGAGAAGGGGACGCCUGCGCAGUGGACAUUGAUGGAGAUGACAUUCUGAAUGAGAGUGACAACUGCCCGUAUGUGUACAACACUGACCAGAAGGACACUGACAUGGAUGGAGUUGGUGACCAUUGUGACAACUGUCCACUGCUGCACAACCCUGACCAGACUGAUGUAGACAAUGACCUGGUCGGAGAUCAGUGUGACAAUAACCAGGACAUCGAUGAAGACGGACAUCAGAACAACCUGGACAACUGUCCCUACGUGGCAAAUGCCAACCAGGCCGACCAUGACAAGGAUGGCAAAGGAGAUGCAUGUGACUAUGAUGAUGAUAAUGAUGGCAUACCUGAUGACAAGGACAACUGCAGACUGACACCCAACGAAGAUCAGGUGGACUCUGAUGGCGAUGGAAGAGGUGAUGCCUGCAAAGACGACUUUGACAACGACAAUAUCCCGGAUAUUAUUGAUGUGUGUCCAGAGAACAAUGCCAUCAGUUUCACAGACUUCAGGAAGUUCCAGAUGGUCCACUUGGAUCCUAAGGGAACCACUCAAAUUGAUCCCAACUGGGUGGUCAGACACCAGGGCAAAGAGCUUGUUCAGACUGCCAACUCUGACCCAGGCAUUGCAGUAGGCUUUGAUGAGUUCAAUGCUGUGGACUUCAGUGGCACAAUGUAUGUGAACACAGACAGAGAUGAUGACUAUGCAGGCUUUGUGUUCGGCUACCAGUCAAGUGGGCGCUUUUACGUAGUGAUGUGGAAGCAGAUCACUCAGACUUACUGGGAGGACAAGCCCUCCAAGGCCUUUGGCAUCUCUGGUGUUUCACUCAAAGUUGUCAACUCAACCACUGGCACUGGAGAAAACCUCAGGAAUGCUCUGUGGCACACAGGCAACACUCCCGGGCAGGUGCGUACUCUGUGGCAUGACCCCAAAAACAUUGGAUGGAAGGAUUACACAGCUUACAGGUGGCAUCUCAUCCACAGACCAAAGACUGGUUUCAUCAGGGUUGUGGUCUAUGAAGGUAAACAGAUCAUGGCUGACUCAGGACCAGUUUAUGACAAGACAUUUGCUGGAGGAAGGUUAGGUUUGUUUGUCUUCUCGCAAGAGCUGGUCUUCUUCUCCGACCUCAAGUAUGAGUGCAGAGAUAAGCCGGAGUUGCCAACAGUGUUCACAAGAUAACUGAAUCAAGUUGGAUAGAAAAACAUCAGAGAGACACAAAGACAAGAAUCUCUCAAAGUAAACAUCACGUCAUCACUAAAUCCAUUUCAACGUAAAUGAGACUUUCCAUACUUUUCCGUGUUUUGCCUUGAUCCACCCACUGGAGAGGAAACCAUGGCCAAUUUCAGUUUUCCUGGUGACUUGUGUACAUUUCCCUUGCUGGGAAAGAAAAACGGAUGAGAGUGGACGGGUUUUGAAAAGCCUCUGCAGAAUAUCUAAUUAUAACUAGUGUACUUAUGUCUACAUUUUUAAAGGAUUCAUUGUACAACCACUUACAUGCUGUAUGUGCUUUCCUACAGUUUUCUACUUUCUACAAAUUGUAAAUGACUCAGUUGUUCCUUAUCUUUGAUACAUUGCUGUCCGCCGGCUCCAUUUCAUGGCUUCUGUCUUGCAGAACAACUAAACCUACAGUGUCUUACAAACAUAAACUGUAACCAAAAACAUUAUCAUUUAGCUGUCUCAAGUCCAUAACUGUUUCUCCUCAUUCUUUUCAUCCUGAAUGUGUUUUUCUAUGGAGAAAUUGAAUGAACAAUUUAAAUAAGCCAUUUUAGUAAGUGCCAAAGAUGUUUAUACUAAGUCUGUAUUAUAAUUCCUUUUUGUAAAUUAUUUAUGCUCUGCUUGUUGUUUGUUUGCAUUUUUUGCUAGAGUUUGUAAAUAAUUAUUUAUUUGUUUACACUGACAAAACGCAUGAUUGAAUAUCACAAAUGUCAAGAUAACACAUUAUAGUAUUGCAAGAUUUUGUGUGUUAUCAUGCACUUCCCUUACUUGUUAGUUUACCAAAUGAGUGUCAUCUGACCUCCUCUUUCAGAUAAACUGUAGUGCAAGGCUCUGGGAAGGAUAAACAUCAGCUGCUUUUAAAGCUUUAGUGCAGGAGUUUUGUUUCCCCCUUCUGGCAGUGAGAGUAAUUACAAAAACACUGUCAACCAUAGCCUACUCCGUCGCUACUGUUGCAGCUGUAAAAUGAUGGAUAAAUUACCGCAAGCGCCACACAACCCCGUGAAUUGACUCGUUUCACUAUCAGAAUUUGAUCCAUUCGAUCCAAUAACAUUUGGACAGUCUAGAAGAGCUGCACAAUUCAAUUAGUUAUCCCCAUUAGGUUAGACAGCUAACCGGAAGACAGCUGGCUCAGCCGGCUGAAGUAUCCAGGUGCACAUUCAAACAGCCAGUAUGGGAAUGUCCCUCCUGACAUGAGAUUUAAAAACUCUGUAUACUUUGAAAUACAGAGAGAUUUAUCUGGCCGUGAUAGGCUUAAUCAG